AUGGCAAUAGCGGCUGCUCUGUUCUUUUUGCAGCUCCAUGUUGUCCAAUCUCCCUUGCGCUCCUUGGGAGUGGUGACUGCCCUUGUCCCAAUUCUAUAUGUCAUACUGAAUGAAUUCAUUCGCUCAUCUGUCCGUGUUAAGGGGAUGAAAGGGCCUCGUGGUAUGCCAUUGAUCGGAAAUCUAGCACAGAUCCGCAAAAAUGCUGCUGAGCAAUACCGCCUGUGGUCGAAGACUUACGGCCCCGUUUAUCAAAUCCAGCUUGGAAAUAUCCCAAUUGUCAUCGUGAACUCAGCAGCGUCCGCCAAAGUCCUUUUCGGGCAUAAUGCCCAAGCCCUAAGCUCAAGGCCCGAGUUCUAUACGUUUCACAAGAUCGUAUCUAACACGGCUGGUACAACUAUUGGAACUUCACCCUACAGCGAAUCUUUGAAGCGACGCAGAAAGGGUGCUGCAUCGGCUCUCAACCGGCCAUCGGUGGAAUCGUAUGUCUCUCACCUGGAUGUUGAAUCCAAGGCAUUUGUCGCAGAGCUUUUCAAAUAUGGAAAUGGCGGGAAGACAUCCGUGGAUCCAAUGGCGAUGAUCCAACGACUCAGUUUGAGUUUGGCCUUGACGCUCAACUGGGGCGUUCGUGUUGCGUCGCAAGAGGAGACCCUGUUCGAAGAGAUCACACAUGUCGAGGAAGAGAUCAGUAAGUUCAGAAGUACCACGGGAAACCUGCAAGACUACAUUCCUCUCCUACGCCUUAAUCCAUUCAGUUUGAAUUCACAGAAGGCCAAAGAGAUGAGAGACCGCCGUGAUCGAUAUCUAAACGGCCUUAACCGUGACUUGAACGAGCGAAUGGAAAAGGGAAUCCAUGAGCCCUGUAUCCAAGCAAAUGUCAUUCUCGAUAAGGAAGCCCGACUCAACUCUGAGGAGCUCAUUUCUAUCAGCUUGACCAUGCUUUCUGGCGGACUUGACACUGUCACUACCCUCGUGGCCUGGAGUAUUUGCCUUCUUUCUCGACGCCCAGAUAUCCAGAACAAGGCCGCGAGAGCAAUUCAAGAGAUAUACGGUAAAGGCCAGCCAAUGUGCGAUGCUGGCGAUGACCAAAAGUGCGCAUAUGUUGCCGCGUUGGUGAAGGAGUGCCUACGAUUCUAUACUGUUCUCCGUCUUGCACUCCCCCGGACCUCAAUCAGAGACAUUUCUUAUAAUGGAAUUGUGAUACCAAAGGGAACUGUUUUCUUUUUGAAUUCUUGGGCCUGCAAUAUGGACCCCGAAGUCUGGACCGACCCAGAAGAAUUUAGACCGGAGAGAUGGUUUGAGCAGCCGGACGCACCUAUGUUCACGUACGGAAUGGGAUAUCGGAUGUGCGCAGGCUCCUUACUCGCCAACAGGGAACUGUACCUGGUCUUCAUGCGGACCCUAAACAGCUUUCACAUCGAGCCGCACGACGACGCUGACUGGCAUCCUGUCAAGGGCAAUUCCGACCCCACCAGCCUGGUGGCGAUUCCCAAGAAAUAUAAAGCUCGAUUUGUGCCCAGGGAUGCAAAAGAGCUUGAAAAGGUCUUGGCUUAG